CAAACUUCAAACUUUUUUACUCUAUAAAUUCUCUUCAAUUCAGUUAUGCUUCAUUCAAUUCAAUUGUACCAGCAGCAGCAGCAGUAGUCAGAGCUUAUAACUAGCUAAUUGAUUAACCAUGGAGAAAGCACAUACAAAAUCUGCUCUUAAGAAGCUUGUUAAGGCUAGCUCACAGUCUGCACCAUGGAGCAAUGCUGCUAGAGGAAUGGCAAAAGAUGAUCUCAAGGAUCCGCUUUAUGACAAAUCCAAGGUUGCCCCAAAACCUUUUGCAAAAGAAAACACUAAGCCCCAAGAAUUCAAACUCCACACUGGACAAAGAGCUCUCAAACGUGCCAUGUUCAACUAUUCUGUGGCAACCAAGAUAUAUAUGAAUGAGCAACAGAAGAGGCAAAUAGAGAGGAUACAAAAGAUCAUAGAAGAAGAAGAGGUUCGUACGAUGAGGAAGGAGAUGGUUCCAAGAGCUCAAUUGAUGCCUUACUUUGACAGACCUUUCUUUCCCCAAAGAUCAAGCAGGCCAUUGACAGUUCCUAGAGAGCCAAGUUUCCACAUGGUGAACAGCAAGUGUUGGAGCUGCAUCCCUGAGGAUGAACUUUACUACUACUUUGAACAUGCUCAUCCCCAUGAUCAUGCCUGGAAGCCUGUUAAGUAAAUAAAUUGCCAUGAUUUGUAGGGGAAAAAGGAGAGUGGAGUAUUCUCUCUGUGAUGUUAAUUUCUUCAUGCUGUCCAAGUUAGUCUUGUAUAAUUUGGAGUGUUGAUAGUGUUUACUGUUUAGAUCAUGUGGUAGGUCUUGUAGUGGGUGUAAGUAGUCGCUUUUUCAUAGCCGAAAGUCCUUUUCAAUGGGGGGUUUUGCUUACCAAUAAGGCGGAUAUUGUACUUCGUUUUGUACUAUUAAAAAGCAAGUCACCCUCUUUUCUGUCUUUUA